AUGUUCAUCAUCUACAAUGAUUUGGAUGAUUUGCGCGAUGCGCGCAAGCGAUCGCAGAUCAACGCAUUUGUCAACCGGAGCCGCAGAGCGAACAAGGUCAAGACCACGCAACAGCAAGCACGAGCAGUUCAAUGGCAAUCACGACUGCCGGUGAAGAUUGAGUCGGAAUUGUCAACGCCUGGAACGGAUCUCGUCGACAUUCGACAACCCCGGAUUUCCAAGGAGGUCAUCCUCGCCUUGCUGAAAAGACGACGGCUACCAAGACUUGCGCUUCAACAUGGCCCUGGAGGGUUUCGCACCGAUCCGUUCGCAUCUCUUCCUAUUCCCCAGACGGAGCAAGUCGAAUGGGCCUUCGACUUCUUCACUCAGAGCUUUUCGGCGAUGAAUGCGUCGCUCUAUACAGAUGACGCCGGCAAUUGGCUGCUGAAGACUCUUUUUCCAAUGGCCCUGCAAUCUGACAUGCUUUUCGAAGCACUGAUCCUCUCCAUGGCCAGAUAUUCUCAUCCGGCCAGUAAAGACGCUCUCAUACCUGGCGGCGCUCACUUUGCCCACCUGCGGUCAAGUGUCUUGAGCAAGCUUCACCGGACGCUUUCGAUGGACACGAAAAUUUCCACCUCGGAUACCACCAUUCAUACAGUCAUCUGUCUGAUAGCUACCGACGUUGGUUGA